UUGACAAACGUGUCUUUCACAUUUUAGUUGAAUUUAGCUGGUGCUAAUUGACGUGGAGCGAGUGUUGGUUAAAUAAAAACAUUUACUACAUUUUUGGAUUAGUAAAGUUUUAUGUAUAGUUAAAGACUGUUUAAUUAAAAGACAUAAUUUUAAAAAUAACAAAAUGCCAGCCGCACCAAGUUCAACUUCUGUGGGAUCUGGUAGCAGAUCACCAUCAAAAGUGAUAGCACCAAGAGCAGCUAGUGGAGGUACUGUUCGACAACGUAAAACAGCACCAACAACAUCAGCUAGAAAUCGUAAUACUGGAACAAGUAGCGGUGGUAUGUGGAGAUUUUAUACAGACGAUUCACCAGGAAUCAAAGUUGGUCCAGUUCCAGUAUUAGUAAUGUCAUUAUUAUUUAUUGCAUCUGUAUUUAUGUUACACAUUUGGGGCAAAUACACUCGUCAUGCCUAAACCAGCAACAUCCAAACAACACUAACAAACAGUUCCAUCAUAUCAUCAUCGAAUCAACUAUAAAGUGAAGUGAAUUUAAAAUUUUGAACAGAAUAAAAAAAGAAUAAUCUCAAAUUUAAGUAUUGAGAUUCAAGUUUGUUGUUCAUUCCACAUCUCAUAUUGUGUAUGUGUUUAUUAUUAUUUCUUCUCUUAUAUUUCAACUCUUAAUUUAAUUUUUAAAUUUUAUAAAAUAUUAUAUUUAAUAAAUAAAAACUUAUGUUACAAUAAGUACUUUAUGUGUCAAUAAAAGAAAAACAAAACCUUUUUUUUUUU